AUGUCAAUCGCAAGAGAUAUCCGUCCUCGUCAGGACGAAGCGGCUUUCCUCGCUACCUCCCCCAGCGCCUCCUUCAACUCACCAUCCAGCCACAGCUCUGUUCUGAACCGUACGAUUCCAGUCAAUGCUAAGCCCCUGAAGCCGUUCGCCACAGAAGAUAUCAAGGUCCUACUCCUGGAGAAUGUCAAUCAGACCGGCCGUGACAUCCUUUCAAAGCAAGGAUACCAGGUCGAGUUCCUGAAGUCUUCCCUCUCAGAAGAUCAGCUCAUUGAGAAGAUUCGGGAUGUUCACGUCAUCGGUAUUCGCUCAAAGACCAGACUCACCGCACGAGUCUUGAAGGAAGCCAAGAACCUUAUCGUCAUCGGUUGCUUCUGUAUCGGUACCAACCAGGUCGACCUCCAAUAUGCCGCGGAGCAGGGUAUUGCCGUCUUCAACUCCCCCUUCAGCAACUCCCGCAGUGUUGCCGAGUUGGUCAUUGGCGAGAUGGUCAUGCUUGCACGUCAAUUGGGCGAUCGCUCCAACGAGAUGCACGCCGGUACCUGGAACAAAGUGAGCAACGGCUGCUGGGAGAUUCGUGGAAAGACCAUCGGUAUCAUUGGAUAUGGCCACAUUGGUGCCCAGCUGUCCGUGUUGGCUGAGGCAAUGGGUAUGUCCGUUAUCUACUACGACGUUCUCAACAUUAUGUCACUGGGUACCGCUCGCCAGGUGAACACCUUGGAUGAGCUCUUGGCCGAAGCCGAUUUCAUUACCUGCCACGUUCCCGAGAUUGCCGAGACCAAGGGCAUGAUUGGAGAGAAGCAGUUCGAGAAGAUGAAGAAGGGAAGCUACUUGAUCAACGCCAGCCGAGGAACCGUUGUGGAUAUCCCCGCUCUUAUCGAUGCCAUGCGCAGCGGUAAGGUCGCUGGUGCCGCUCUGGAUGUGUACCCCAAUGAGCCUGCCGGAAACGGUGACUACUUCAACAGCGAGCUGAACUCAUGGGGAGCGGAUCUGCGCUCGCUUAAGAACCUUAUCCUGACCCCUCAUAUCGGCGGAAGUACCGAGGAGGCUCAGAAGGCUAUUGGUGUCGAAGUUGCCCAGGCUCUGGUCCGAUAUGCUAACGAGGGUUCCACCCUCGGUGCUGUCAACAUGCCCGAGGUUGUCCUCCGUUCAUUGACAAUGGAUGAGCCCAACCACGCUCGUGUCAUCUACAUCCACAAGAACAUUCCCGGAGUGUUGAGGAAAGUCAACGAGAUUAUUGGUGACCACAACGUCGACAAGCAGAUGACCGAUAGCAGAGGCGAUGUUGCCUACCUGAUGGCCGAUAUCAGCAAUGUGGACACUGCCACCAUCAAGGAUUUGUAUAGCCAACUCGAGAGCCUUCCUUCUCGCAUCAUGACCCGCGUGUUGUACUAA